GGCGUCCCCCCUCCUCCUGGGCUGCCUGGGGGGGCUCCUUGGGGGCCAGGGUUGGGGCGAAGGGGGGCCCGGGAGGGGCUGCCCAAAAUGUCCCCUCAGGGAACAAGGGCAGCUUGAAGUGAUUUGGGGGAAGGAGGAGGAGAAGCAAGAGCAGCAGCCAAAGACGAGGAGGAGGAGGAGGACUUCUUGAAGCCAAGCCUUGGCUUUGCCUCCCUCCUUCCCCGCUUCUUUCUUCUCCUUCUGGCCCCUUUCAACUUUGAGGCCGGAGGAGGGAAGGCUCUCCUUGGGAUUGCGACGGAGGGAGACGGGGAGCCUCGCCUGGCCUCCGGGGCUGGAGUCUUGGGGGUGUUUUCGUCUUGUUUUUCGGAAGGGGAGCCUCCCUCCCUCCCUCCCUCUGCUUCCCUCUCCCUGGCCCUUCCCUCCUUUUUCACGUCGGAGCUGCAAGGGUCCCAGCCCGGCUCCUUCUGCUUCUGCUUCACAGCCUUCGCUCCUUGGAAAGGGAGAAGAAGAAGAAGAAGAACAAGACAAGAGAAAGCGAGCCUCAACUUUUGGACUUUGGGGACUUGCCCUGUUUCUUUGCUCCUUUCCCCCUCAGCAUUGGAUUGCCUUGGACUAGGAUGCUAAAAUGGGGCUGCUGACGCCCCUCCUGCUCUUGGGCCUGGUGCAUUUGCAGGUGGAGGGAUCUCGCCUUCGUCAGGAAGACUUUCCACCAAGAAUUGUUGAGCAUCCAUCAGAUGUAAUUGUUUCUAAAGGGGAGCCAACGACGUUGAACUGCAAGGCUGAAGGAAGACCAACUCCCACUAUUGAGUGGUACAAAGAUGGAGAGCGUGUGGAGACUGACAAAGAUGAUCCUCGCUCACACCGCAUGCUGCUCCCUAGCGGAUCUUUAUUUUUCCUACGAAUUGUACAUGGACGCAGGAGUAAACCAGAUGAAGGAAGUUAUGUUUGUGUUGCAAGGAACUAUCUGGGAGAAGCUGUGAGUCGUAAUGCUUCUCUGGAAGUAGCACUACUACGAGAUGAUUUCCGGCAGAACCCUACAGAUGUUGUUGUGGCAGCAGGUGAACCAGCCAUUUUGGAGUGCCAGCCUCCGCGAGGACAUCCUGAACCCACUAUCUAUUGGAAAAAAGACAAAAUCCAAAUUGAUGACAGAGAAGAGAGAAUCAGUAUACGAGGUGGCAAGCUUAUGAUUUCAAACACAAGAAAGAGUGAUGCUGGAAUGUACACAUGUGUUGGCACCAAUAUGGUUGGAGAGAGGGACAGUGAUCCAGCAGAACUGACUGUCUUUGAACGACCAACAUUUCUCAGGAGACCAAUCAAUCAGGUGGUUUUGGAGGAAGAAGUUGUAGAACUGAGAUGCCAAGUUCAAGGAGACCCCCAGCCAACAGUGCGUUGGAAGAAAGAUGACAAUGACUUGCCAAGGGGAAGAUAUGACAUCAAAGAUGACUAUACGUUGCGUAUUAAAAAGGCCAUGAGUACAGAUGAGGGGACCUAUACAUGCAUAGCUGAAAACAGAGUUGGAAAAGUUGAAGCAUCUGCUACUCUCACAGUUCGAGCUCGCCCUGUUGCACCUCCACAGUUUGUGGUCAGGCCACGUGAUCAGAUUGUUGCCCAGGGCCGAACAGUGACCUUUCCAUGUGAAACUAAGGGAAAUCCCCAGCCAGCUGUGUUUUGGCAAAAAGAAGGCAGCCAGAAUCUACUUUUUCCAAACCAGCCUCUUCAGCCCAACACCAGAUAUUCUGUAUCACCAACAGGGGAUCUCACUAUUACCAAUAUUCAGCGAUCCGAUGCAGGCUAUUACAUCUGCCAAGCACUCACUGUCGCUGGAAGCAUAUUAGCAAAGGCACAAUUGGAAGUUACAGAUGUUUUAACAGAUAGGCCCCCGCCCAUCAUUCUUCAGGGACCUGUAAACCAGACAUUGGCAAUAGAUGGAACAGCUUUAUUGAAGUGCAAGGCCACUGGUGAGCCAAUGCCUGUUAUCAGCUGGUUAAAAGAAGGAUUCACUUUUCUGGGCAGAGAUCCAAGGACAUCCAUUCAGGACCAAGGAACGUUGCAAAUUAAACCUUUACGGAUGUCUGACACUGGCACAUAUACAUGUGUUGUCACGAGUUCAAGUGGAGAAACAUCCUGGAGUGCUGUACUAGAAGUAACAGAAUCUGGGGGUGCAGCAGUCAGUAGAAACUAUGACUUAAAUGACCUCCCUGGGCCACCAUCCAAGCCUCAGGUCACAGAUGUCACGAAAAACAGUGUUACCUUGUCUUGGCAGCCUGGCACCCCCGGAAACCUACCAACUAACGCAUAUAUCAUCGAAGCAUUUAGUCAAUCGGUGAGCAAUAGCUGGCAAACAGUUGCUAACCAUGUAAAAACAACACCUUAUACUGUGAGAGGACUCCGUCCAAAUACAAUCUACCUGUUUAUGGUGAGAGCUAUCAACUCACAAGGUUUAAGUGACCCCAGCAGCAUGUCAGACCCUGUCCGAACCCAAGAUAUCAGCCCACCAGCACAAGGUGUGGAUCACAGGCAGGUCCAAAAAGAGCUUGGGGAUGUCAUUGUGAGACUGCAUAAUCCUGUUGUUCUCACCCCUACCACAGUUCAAGUAACCUGGACGGUUGACCGCCAAUCCCAGUUUAUUCAAGGUUAUCGAGUCAUAUAUCGUCAAACAUCAGGCCUACCUUCCCCUUCUGCAUGGCAGACGCUGGAUGUCAAAGUUCCUACAGAGCGCAGUGCUGUCCUAGUCAACUUGAAAAAAGGAGUAACUUAUGAGAUUAAAGUUCGACCUUAUUUCAAUGAAUUUCAAGGGAUGGACAGUGAAUCAAAAUCUGCCCGUACCACUGAAGAAGCUCCAAGUGCUCCUCCACAAUCUGUUACUGUUCUCACAGUUGGAAACCACAACAGUACCAGCAUCAGUAUUUCAUGGGAUCCUCCGCCCCCAGAUCACCAAAAUGGAAUAAUUCAAGAAUAUAAGAUCUGGUGCUUGGGCAAUGAAACAAAAUUUCAUAUUAACAAGACUGUAGAUGCAGCAAUUAGAUCUGUAGUAAUUGGAGGCCUAUAUCCAGGUAUUCAGUACAGAGUAGAGGUUGCAGCAAGUACCAGUGCUGGUGUUGGAGUAAAAAGUGAACCACAACCCAUAAUAAUUGGAGGUCGUAAUGAAGUUGUUAUUACGGAAAACAACAACAGCAUAACAGAGCAAAUCACAGACGUUGUCAAGCAGCCUGCCUUUAUAGCUGGAAUUGGUGGUGCAUGUUGGGUGAUACUCAUGGGUUUCAGCAUCUGGCUGUACUGGCGCAGAAAGAAAAGGAAGGGGCUCAGCAACUAUGCAGUUCAGUCCUUCACCUUCACCCCUGCAGUCACUUUUCAAAGAGGAGAUGGAGGACUUAUGAGCAAUGGAAGUCGACCAGGCCUGUUAAAUGCAGGUGACUCCAGUUAUCCUUGGCUUGCAGAUUCCUGGCCAGCCACCAGCCUUCCGGUAAACAACAGCACCAGUGGACCCAAUGAUCUUGGGAAUUUUGGGCGUGGAGAUGUGCUACCUCCAGUACCAGGCCAAGGAGAUAAAACUGCUACAAUGCUUUCUGAUGGAGCCAUUUAUAGCAGCAUUGACUUCACUACCAAAACUAGUUACAACAGCUCCAGUCAAAUAACACAAGCUACUCCAUAUGCCACGACACAAAUACUACAUUCCAAUAGUAUCCAUGAAUUGGCAGUUGAUUUACCAGACCCCCAGUGGAAAAGUUCAAUCCAACAAAAAAGUGACCUAAUGGGAUUUGGGUACUCUUUACCUGAUCAGAACAAAGGCAACAAUGCAUUACUUUACAUCCCUGACUACCGAUUGGCUGAGGGAUUGUCUAAUAGAAUGCCACACAACCAGUCACAGGAUUUCAGCACCACCAGCUCUCACAACAGCUCAGAAAGAAGUGGCAGCCUCUCAGGUGGAAAAGGAGGGAAGAAAAAGAAAAGCAAAAAUACUUCCAAGCCUCAAAAAAAUAAUGGGUCUACCUGGGCCAGCAUUCCCCUUCCACCCCCGCCAAUACAGCCUCUCCCAGGCACAGAACUAGAACACUAUGGGGUAGAACAGCAAGAAGCAGGAUAUGACAGUGAUGGAUGGUGCCCACCUUUACCAGUCCAGACGUAUUUGCACCAGGGAAUGGAAGAUGAACUUGAAGAAGAAGAUGACAGAGUACCAACACCCCCUGUCCGAGGAGUGGCUUCUUCUCCAGCAAUCUCCUUUGGACAGCAGUCUACUGCAACUCUAACACCCUCUCCAAGGGAGGAGAUGCAACCCAUGCUUCAAGCCCACCUUGAUGAACUGACCAGGGCCUAUCAAUUUGAUAUAGCAAAGCAAGCAUGGCACAGUCAAAGCAAUAGUCAGCCACCUCAGACCCCAGUUCCACCAUUAGGAUAUGUAUCUGGAACUCUAAUAUCAGAUUUGGAAACUGAUAUUCCAGAAGAUGAAGAAGAGGAUGAUAUUGAAGAAGAGGCUAUAGAAAUCACAAGGCCACUGAGAGGAUUAGAGCAUACACCAGGGUCUAGUAUGGACAAUCUAGACAGUUCUGUGACAGGCAAACCAUAUUCCUCUCAGAGGCCUCGGCCAACCAGCCCAUUUUCUACUGACAGCAACACCAGUGCAGCCCAGAAUCAGAGUCAAAGGCCUAGGCCUACCAAAAAACACAAGGGAGGGAGAGUAGAACAACCUCCAUUGCCUCACCGAAGGGAAGGAAUGACAGAUGAUCUACCACCACCACCAGACCCACCCCCUGGUCAGGGUUUAAGGCAGCAGAUAGGCCCUGGGCAACGUGGAGGUUCAACAGAGAGAAAAGGAAGCUCUUUAGAACGGCAGCAUACAUCCACCAUAGAUGAAACAAAGAGCUCUUUGGAUCGUCAAACUAGAACAUCACUAGAGUGGCAGCGACAAACCCAAGAAUGGAUAAGCUCCACAGAACUCCAAGGCCAGCAAAAGCAAGCAUUUGGAUCAGAAGAGGCCCUGGUGCCCUAUAGCAAGCCUAGCUUCCCAUCCCCAGGUGGCCACAGCUCUUCAGGUACAGCAUCUUCUAAAGGAUCAACUGGACCCAGAAAAGGAGAAGUCAUGCGAGGAAGUCAUCAGCGCAACACCAGUGACCUCAUUGAUGUAGGAUAUGUUGGAACAAACAGUCAAGGACAGUUUUCUGGUGAAUUAUAGUAGUUGAACAGAAACAUCUCAAGCUGCUCUCAAUGGCCAUCAAGGUCUGAACUCAUGGAAGUGAUGACACUAAAACAGUGCAAUGAACAUUUUCUUUAUUUAUGUACUUACUAUUAAAAGAACUGUAAAUGCAAUGUAAAGACACACAGCCACACAUAUCCCACCGAUACUCUACCUGUGUUCUUCUCUUUACUACACCUUCCACCUUAAUCUAUUUCUUACCAAGCAUAUAUAAAGAAAAUCACCCUCCAGGAUGAUAUGGAUUUCCCUUGUACAUAAUUUCUUUUUAUUGCAUUGCUAUGCAAGCUCACCUUCUUUUUAGCUAUGUUCAUAAUAUUGUCUGUUCUUAUGGUCUGUUGUAUUAUAUGUGAAUUAAUAGGCUGUGGUGCCAUAUAAUAACUUUUAAUUGUGUAACUUUUUAUGUUUAAAGUUUGCACUGCAAUUUUUUUUUGUUGGUGAUAAGCACAAAACUCUUACUCCUCGUGACAUGAAGAAGAAAAAAGACUGAAUGUGAAAGGAGUCUAUGUACUGUAAGCUAUGUUGGAUAAUGCUGGAUGUAAUGAAUUAUGUUAGGUGGUUUUCCAUUUGGGUGUAGAAUUAGGAGGUUGACUGGCAAAACUGAUGUUAGCAAAGAUUUAUUGGGGCAUCGGGGUGGAAUCCUAUCUUAAAUAUUAAACAACAUAAUGAUUUUACCAUUUAAAAUGGCAGGUGAAAUGAUGGAAGUGUGAGUUUCAAGACCAGAUUAGGAUAUGAAAGCCUUCUCUCUUCUUGGUAUCAAUUUUCAUUUGUUCAACAGAGUUGAACUUGCUACAAAGGAAGGAAUUAGAGGUAUUUCACUAAGGCUGUUUUUUAAAAAUAAAUAAAUAAAUAUAUUACCAUUUUAAAGAAUUACUAUGAUUAGUUUGCUCCUCCUUCCAGGAAACAUGAACCAUAUGAACUAGAGGAAUAUCUAGCAAGAGUUAUAGGUGCAAUUUAUGACAGAGAUAUCCAAGCUGCUUCCAAAAAUGCUAGACUGUAGCCCUAUUCAGGCAUUUUAACACAUAUAGUCUGUUCAUGGGAGAAAGGAGAGUGGACAUAAGUAUCCACCUCUACCAUGGUUUCAUUAACUUCCCCAUGUAGAGGAAGAUGCUCUGUAAUGGAGAUCUUUUUUUCAUCCAUGGAGGCUCUCCACAUGAUUUACGAUCCUGAGGCAGGGGGUUGUGGAUGGCAGAGUAUUUGGGAGCAUCCAUAUAUACAAGAAUCUACACAAAAUAAAGUCUGCAAAAAGGGGGUGGAGGGAACAGAACUAGUAACUUGUGCAAACUCUUCCUUCUCAUCUAUACAGACUACAAGCAUUAAUAUGCCUCAACAGGGCUUAUUUUAGUUCAUUUUUCCAAUACAUGUACAGUACCCAAUGGAAGGUGUAGAGCUGCAUCACUUGAAAUUCAUGACUUGUUUUUACACAGUCUAGACAUAUUUUUGUGUUUUAUUAUCUAAAACUGCCAUAAAAUGAAACCCAGUUCAUUUGUACUUAAAUCAUGUUCAAAUGUUUGAAAAGCAAGCAAUGAUAAACUUGUGCUCAGUUUGAACUUAAUAUCUUUUGCCAAUUCAUGACAUUAUUGAAAAUUGGAUAGAAACAAGGAAAAGAAAACAUAUUUUAUUUUUGAUGAGUAAAUUUCAACCCUCUUCUUCUUCUUAUGAAAACAUGAUGCAUGUUUAUACACUUUUUGAAUAAACCAAACUUUCUGUAAGUGGACAUUAACAAAAAGCAUCUUGUCUCAUCAUUAGUUCUCAUGACUUUCUCCAGCUUCUAUACAGCAUUUUUAGUUUUCUUUCAGAAAUACUGUACCUGUAUCUCAAAUGCAUUAAAUAUUUUAUUUGAAGUUUACAUCACAGAGCUGACGUCAUUUAGUCAUGUCAUUAUUACAGUCUUCCAUAUUUUACAUACAACCAAUCCAUGUUAGUUGCUUUUGUACUUAUUCUCAUGAUAAAAGGCGAACACCUUUACACCACACAAAUAAAUCUACCAAAUAUGUGUUACUUUUUAUUACAUUAUGUUUGGAUUAUUGACAAGGUAGAACAUUUUUAUUACUAAAUCUACAUUGCAAUUUUCAGUUUAUCUCAUUUAUUUGAGAACAGGGCAUUGGUGAACCAAAAAAAGUCCACACAUCAAGAAAAUGAUAUUUUUGAACAUAUGUGUCCAACGAAUUUACAUAAUAUCCCUGCUUAUUAAAAUGCAGGAUAUAGUUAAAGCCAUUGUUUUAUAAAUGUACAGAGACAUUUGACAAAUGUAUAAAUACCAUUUCUUUCCUUUCCUGAAUUUAAUAUGUUAAUAUGAAGAUAGCCACCAUGUUCCAGCAAUAGUGAUCUGAGUUCAUAAACAGGUUUGUGUACACAGAUCUUUAUAAUAAAGGAAUAAUAAACUGCUUCAAAAGAAAAAGAAACUCCAACACCUCCAGCAACCUACCUGAGCUUGGCACAGGAGGCAGAGUCUUCAUACUACAAUAAAAAUUGGAAUGGUGCUGUGAGAAUGAAAUGCUUCAUAGCACCAAUCAGGUGGGAAUAGGACUAUGAUUCAGACUUGAGCCUCUUCUGCCAUUUUAGAUCAUCUGCUGAUCAGUGUUGCAAAAGGCUUCAUUCAGAAACCUGUGAUAACACUGAUGGUUACUGAGACAUUGAGAUUGGGAGAAGAAUAUUCCUUCAGAGGUUUUUCUUUCCCCAGCUGAAAACACUUCUGAGAGUUAUACACAAUUUCUACACUCCAGCCAUACUUGUAUGUGCCUCAGCUUUUUUUGCUCUGAGCUAUUUUAUAAAGAUGGGUUCGUAUUUUUUAAAUAAAAUCCUACAAGGUGACUUAGACUAUGGCAAUCUUUAUUACACAGCAAUCUGUGUGUUUUUUUCUUCUUCAAGAAUCAGGAUAAACAUAGGUUGGCUCAUGGUCUAACAUCAUCAAUGAUAUAUGAGGAUAUCUGCAAGAAAAUCAACUUAUAAGUAGAAAAGAUCAGUAGAGAAAUUAUCACUUGAAGCCAUUCCAGUUAGACAAUGGUUUUGAAUGUAAAGGUGAUUUUCAUGUUGCUCAAAGCUAAGAGAAUUGCAGCCACCUGCAUAGUUGCAUUCAUACUGCUCUGGAUAACAUCAGGGUUUUCCAUUCAUGAGAUAAAUCCACAGAAACUAACCAUGUGAUCAGGCCUAACUAUGCCAAAGUAAAAAAUGGCCAAGCAACUACAUAGGUGGGUUCUGCAACCGUAUUUUUCCACACAGUAUUAAAACAAGACCAUGUAGUUGAUCCAAAAUACAAUAUGUAUGUAGUAGAGUCCUCAUAGGUGUGUUAUACCUCCAGAAUGCAUGGGAUUUCUCAAAUAUUUUAUACGCAGGAAGACUUUAAGGGCAUACUGAAAGAGUUGAAGCUCCAAAUUUACUCUGUACAUGUUUUUGAAAUCAUAAUCUCAUAAAUGUCCUAGAUAUAUUAAUUGUCUCUUAAAAACCUGUGUUACGUUAUGGUAGGACACUUUAUGAUGCAAUUUCUCUUCAAAAUUCAACCUGAGGAAAAGUAGCCAUCCCCAGUUCUUGUGAUGUCUGUCUUAAUAUUUUUAUUUGGCAAUUUUUGUGUCAGUAUUAAACCUGUGCAGUACUACAAUAUCGCUGUCUAUUAUUGGCUACUAUACAAUUGUAUUUAUUGGAUUUUUUUAAAAAAACAACUACAAGAUCCUAUGAAGAAAGUAUUUAAUGUAUAGCAAAUCCCCAUUCUUUUGGAAAGUGAAGCUUUUCUCUUUCUCUCCUUCUCUCUCCCACAGUCUCUCACUUACUCAGUGUACUUCUAAUUAUCACAGAACAUAUUUUUAAAAUGUACUGUAAUUUACCAUUUUUUAAAGAAAACUCUUUUUCCUUUUUUAUAAUUGAAAUAUUUCUUGUGCAUAAUGUGUCUAAAAGAAAGGGAUGUAGUGGCAGCACUUAGAACUGUUUUCUAAUUUUUUUUAUAAAAUUGUUCAUUGACAAUGGUUUGUUGAGUCACAUGCAAGAAGAUUAUGACCUCUUAAUGUGUUUCAUGUGUUAGUGAAGCAAAGUUUAAUGGGCAUAAAGUUGGUUAAUUGUAAUGUUCAGUGUGUAUUGUAUAUUUAC